UCAUAUUUUUUUGAAAGUGAAAGUAGCAUGCAUGCAUGACGAAAGUAGCUUGUAACUCUUGUUGUUCCUGAUAAACUUAUGGCGACAGCAGCAGUUAAGGAAGAACCCCUCGAAGAGGUGGACUAUGAAACAAGAUUUAUAAUGCUAUGCCAGGCCUCACCAGAGGGUGUUACAGACAAUGUUAUCCAGAAGGAACUGUCUCAGUGUGACACACAGCAGAGAAUGACCAUUGUCAACAGGCUACUCUCCAUGGGUAAAAUAGAUCUCUUAAAAAGUGGAAACAAGUUGGUAUACAGAUUAAAAGAUCCUGACACUGCAAGCCAAGUGAAGGGAGGUGACAACCAGGAGAAACUGGUGUAUCAGAUCAUUAAAGACGCCGGCAACAAAGGAAUUUGGAUUAGGGAUAUAAGAUUCAAGUGUAACCUAUUGUUAACACAAGUCAACAAGAUCCUAAAGAACUUAGAAACCAAGAAACUAAUCAAAGCUGUUAAAUCUGUGGCAGCUUCCAAGAAGAAGGUGUAUAUGUUGUUUAACCUAGAACCAGAUCGCUCGGUGACCGGUGGAGCCUGGUACAGUGACCAGGACUUUGAAUCAGAAUUCGUAGAAGUCCUGAACCAACAGUGUUUUAAAUACCUGGAGCAAAGGGCUGCCACUGCCAGGGAAUCUAAAUCGGACCCUAUCGCUCAGAGGAAUGCUUCUUUCACACCACUUGAAGAUGUCUGGAAAUAUAUCUCUGAGCUUGGCAUCAGCAAGGUACAGUUAUCGAAGGAGGAUAUAGAAACUAUACUGAACACCCUGAUAUUUGAUGGUAAAGUAGAGCGUUCCCUGGUUGCGGGUCAGUCUACAGCCAGCGGUGAUGGUUACAUCAAGCUGUACCGGUCAGUUAAACCUCUCAUCCCCACUACUGGACUCAUGAGGAUGCCAUGUGGUGCCUGCCCCGUGUUCAACGAGUGUUAUGAAGGUGGAGCAGUUUCUCCCACGACCUGUGUUUACAUGAAAGAAUGGCUAGAGAUCUAGCGAGUGUUAUUGUUUGUAUUUCAUAUUAUUAAAGUUAUUA